AUGAACUUUAUUGGCGAUUCGGAUGUGUUAUUAGUAUAUGUGAAUCCAUCGAUAGAUGACUCACUACCUUCUUCCGGCGAACAAUCCCAAAGAAUCUUCCAAACCAACUCGAGAGCUAGACCAGCUCUCUUCUACGACAGAAGGGAUCUAGAAGUAUGUCCCGUUUUGACAUCUGCCGAAACAGACAUCGACACCGUAGAAGUUUUCAAGGACUUCGAAUUUCAGGUGAGUCAUUUUUUCACGAUUUUUGGUCAAAAUAUUUACGGUGUGCUUUGA